AAUCUUGUUCAAAAGAAGACAAGCAAACAAAAUGGGCUACCACCUUAGAGUGGCUGCUCUGCUGGCGCUGUGCUGCAUUACGCCCCCCAUAACGGCUCUGGUGAACUCACCCAAAAUCAUUUCCAAAGAUGGCCACCUAAUUUUCGAAUCCGGCCUAGAUCGCAACAUAAGCUUUGUCCUUAAGGGAAAAUCUCGCCUGCUGAUCAACGACGACUUCGAUGUGCUGGAUAUGCUAUUGAAACCCAGCUAUCACAUGUAUGGACCUUCGGGUUCCGUUGAACGCAGAGAUUUAGUCGAAGAUGAGUUGUUGCAACAGCUAAUGGCCGAUGCGGCAUCGUUGAAGGCGCAAGUCUUUGGUCCCCAAGGUUUGGAAUCACGGAUUCGUGCUUUACAAAAUCGUACCCGUUCGGCGGCUCAAUCGAUGCGUCGUUACCGCAGUCGUUUGCAACGGGUCGAGACCAAGGUUCAGUCGCUAACGGAACGCCUGGAAACCGACUAUUGUCGCAGUAAUCCAUGUCAGAAUGGUGGAGGGUGUUUGAAUAUUUUUGGAGGAUUUGUGUGCAAGUGUCCGAAGAAUUUUGAGGGCACCACCUGCGAAAAAGAUGUCAACGAAUGCGCCCUGUAUGCCGGCACCGAUUUGGGUUGUCAAAAUGGCGCCCAAUGUAUCAAUCAAUUCGGUUCGUAUAGCUGUAUUUGCCAGCCCGGUUGGUUCGGCAUCCAUUGUACCCAGCGCAAGGGUGAUUGCCUGCAAUCGUCUUCAUGGGAGCUAUGUGGUCAUGGAACUUGUGUCAGCAGCAAUGAUACCUUUGGCUAUAAAUGUAUCUGUGAUCAGGGUUGGAAGACGACGGGUCUGCUGCCAGCCUGUACCGUUGAUGUAGAUGAAUGUGCCGAAAGUCACACGCCAUGUGUGACGAAAUGUAUAAAUUUACCAGGUUCCUUUACCUGUGCCCCCUGUGGACCGGGUAUGACGGGUAAUGGGGUAACGUGUCGCGAUAUAGAUGAGUGUGCCCAGCUGAAUGGAGGAUGCAGCAUGAAUCCCAAGGUCCAGUGCAUAAAUUCCUAUGGCUCUUUUCACUGUGGAGAAUGUCCUUUGGGCUGGGUGGGUGAUGGCCGCACCUGUGAACGUUCCACCGCCGCAACCACAUCGGAUACCAGCUCUGCUUCGUCAAUGGGUUCCAUUACCACUUGCGCAACGGCAAAUAUUUGCCACCCUCUGGCUAAGUGCAAUGAAAUUUCGAAUACCGUCGUCUGUAGCUGUCCGACCGGCAUGGUGGGCAGUGGUAUUGGACCGAAUGGCUGCGUUGUGGGAACCGCCCGGAAUUGCAUUAGUCAACCAUGUUUGAACGGUGGCACCUGUAUCGACAGCGGCAGCAGUUUCAAAUGUCUUUGCCCGGUCGGCUUCAUUGGCGACACAUGUACCCCGGCACCCAGCCCCUGCAGUCCGAAUCCCUGCCGCAAUAAUGGUCGCUGUCGGCCGAUUACCACCUCAACCAAUCGCUCCUUCACGUGCCAGUGUACCCCCGGUUUUGUUGGUGAGAAAUGUGAGAAACAGGCCAGUGAUUGUGGUGGUGUCCUGCACGGUGUUACGGGUCAAUUGAAAUAUCCUCCCGGCUCCCUGUACGAUCAUAAUUCACAAUGCGCCUGGAUAAUUCGUACCAACGAAUCCAUGGUGCUGAACGUAACUUUCCACCACUUCGAUUUGGAGGAUGCCACCGAAUGUCGUUUCGAUUGGCUGCAAAUUAACGAUGGCCGAUCGGCGGCGGCCCAGAUUAUUGGACGUUUCUGUGGCACUCAUCUGCCGUUGGGAGGCAACAUCAUUAGUUCCACCAAUAAUUUGUAUUUGUGGUUUCGAUCGGAUAACAGCACAUCGAAGGAGGGUUUCGAGUUGCAGUGGAACUCCAUUGCUCCCCAGUGUGGUGGCGUGAUCAAUGUGGAGAGCCAUGGUACAAUCUCAAGUCCCGGAUCGCCUGGUAAUUAUCCCAAGAAUCGUGAUUGCCAUUGGCUGUUGAAGGCCCCCAAUGACAAGCGUUUGAAGCUGACAUUCUUUAGUCUGCAAAUUGAGAGUCAUGAUAGCUGUAACUACGAUUUUCUGGAGAUAACCGAUGCCAUAUCUGGCCAGAUGGUGGAGAAAUUCUGCAACUCUUCCCAUCCGCAGCCCUUGUUGUUGCCCACCAAUGAAGCCAAUGUGGUGUUCCAUUCGGACAACAUCGGUUCGGAUACGGGAUUCCAGAUUUUUUAUUCCCUGGAGGAACGUCUGCCGGGAUGUGGUGGUACUUACACUGCGCCCGAGGGUAGCAUUCAAUCGCCCCAUAUCAGUCAGGAUUCGUUGUCCUGUGAAUAUGAGCUAAGCAUGACGGGAAGUGAGCGCAUCGAUAUGCAAUUCAAGAUUUUUAAAAUGGGUCCGCAGGAUUGUGUGGAGAUCUAUGACAUCAAUCCUGCCAGUGAAGAAAAAUCAUUGCAGGCCAAAUAUUGUGGAGAUUAUGGGGGCAUACCUCCUAUGGUGCAAUCUGUGUACAGCCGGGCCCUGGUGAAGUUCUAUGGAAAGACAGGAGCUGAAUUCAAAAUUAGCUACGAAGCUGAUUGCUCCUACACCUUUGAGUCACCCGAGGGUGUCAUCAUGUCUCCCGGCUAUCCCAGGUCUGUGAACAAAGAUCGUUACUGUACCUAUAAAAUUAAUACCGAACCGAAUACCGUGAUUGAGGUGCAUUUCGAGGAUUUCGAUGUUAAGGAUUCCGCUGUAGAAGGAGAUAGCGAAUGUUCCUAUACUUCGUUGAGGAUCAAUGACGACAUGAACAAAAACCUCAUGGGACCCUACUGCGCCCAAAAGGCGCCCGAUGUGGAUUUCGUGUCGAAAAUAAAUUUCCUAAUUUUCCAUCUGAAGACAGGCUUGACGUCGAGUGGUCGUGGUUUCAAACUGAAAUACAAGGCCAUACCAACGGCGAAAACCAAUUGUGGCGGUGUCUAUACCAAACCCGGUUAUAACAUCCGUUUGCCCACCAACGAUGAGGGUACCUAUAUGCACGACAUGGAAUGCUAUUGGGCGAUUAUGGCACCGCGCGAUAAAUACAUUCUCAUCAAUUGGAAAUCAUUCGAUUUGGAAGAGUCAAUGGAUUGUAGCUAUGACUACGUGGAAAUUUAUGAUAAUUUGGCUAACGCUGAGAACGCUUUGCCAUUGGGAAGGUUUUGCGACAGCCAUCGAGCCGAAUCCUUCCUCAGCCAUUCCCGCCUGGUGACGAUAAAAUUCGUCUCCGACUCCACAGAUGCCAGGGGUGGCUUCGAGUUGACCUAUGAUUUUGUGGAUAACAAGAAUCAGUGCAAUGGCCAUAUUUACUCCUCUGUGGGUACCUUGAGAUCGCCGAAUUGGCCUUCCAACUACACUGAAGAUUUGGACUGCACUUGGGUUAUCAACACGGCACAUGGUACGCAGCUGGAAUUGUUGGUGGAGGUUUUCGAUGUGGAGCCGGCUUCAAAUUGUUCCAGCGAUUGGCUCGAGAUAAGGAAUGGUGGCUCAAACCAGUCCUCCCUGUUGGGCAUCUUCUGUGGCAAUCACUCCCAGAUACCCCAUGCCAUACCCUCGUUUACGAAUCAAAUAUAUCUGCACUUCCAUUCGAAUAGCUUCGAUAAUCGCCGUGGUUUCCAGAUCGGCUGGUAUGUCUUCUCCAGUGGUUGUGGUGGUAAUUUGGAAUCGGAUCGGGGAAUGAUUACCUCGCCAUUCUAUCCAAAUCCCUAUUCGAAUAAUGCCCGUUGCGAGUGGCGCAUACAUGUCCAUCCCGGAUCGACCAUACACUUCACGGUGAAUGACCUGGAUCUGGAGCAGCAUGCCAGUUGCCGCUAUGACAAGUUGGAAAUCUAUGAGGGCACCACGGAGCAUAAGAACCGCGUAGCUAUGAUUUGUAAUUUGAGUCCCGAUGAAAUGGGCAAGCAGUAUGUGGUGGAUAGUCAUGAGGCGUUGGUGUCCUUUGAAUCAGAUGAUUCGAAUCGACAGAGAGGUUUCUCGUUGAGUUACCAUUCCAAUUGUACGGUGACCUUGACCCAGCAUUAUGGAGUCAUUGAAAGUCCCAAUUAUGGAGUAUCCUUUGCCGAUUUCGGGGAGGAGGUGAAUUGCUUGUGGACCAUUAAGGCUCCCAAGGGAAAUCGCAUACAACUGGAGAUCACCCACUUUGAGACGGCGGACAAGACCGCUAAAUUGACAAUCAUGGAUGGUAAUCGCAGUCUGGAGAUAAACAGUGUGGGCCAGACCCUCAACUCCACCAGCGACACCAUGGUGAUCAAGCAGACAACAAAUCAGCUCAGCUUCCAGCUGGAAUACGCCAUGGUGGGUUGUUUGGGAGUGCUACGGGCAGCCGAGGGUGUUCUACAAUCGCCAUCCUAUCCACAUCCCUAUCCCAAUGACAUGGAAUGCUUUUGGGAAAUUAUUACCCAACCCGGACAGGGCAUUGAAUUUGCCAUCAAUCAAAUGGAUUUGGAAGGAUCUGAGAAUUGCACCAAGGAUGCCUUGGUGGUAUCGCCACAUCGCAACACCAAAAAUCCCCGCGAGCGACAUUGUGGUCGGGCGGAAAAUUUGGUAAUAAAAAGUUCCAGUCAUCGGAUGUAUGUGCGUUUCUACAGUGAUGGGCAAAACAAUGGCAAAGGUUUUGAGGCUUCCUAUAGCACCCAUAAGUCAACAUGUGGUGGCAUCCUGACGGCCAAAAACGGAGUCAUAACCUCGCCCAAUUAUCCUAAUUCAUAUCCCGAGGAGGCAGACUGCGAGUGGACCAUUGAGGUGAGCGAACAUCACACCAUCAUCUUGACCAUGGAGGAAAUGGAGCUGGAGAAUUUCUAUGGCUGUGAAAUGGACUAUGUGGAGGCCACCGAGAACUCAACAUCUUCGGAUGAGCCGGUCUCGAUAUUCAAGCAAUGCGGUGACAUGGAUGAAGACGAAGAUGACGGUAGGAAGGUGCUAACGUGGCGCAGUACCUCGAAUGUGGUCACCGUGCAUUUCCAUUCAGAUGAUUCGGUGUCGGCAAGGGGUUUCAAGCUGAGCUUUGUGGAGGAUUGUGGCCAACGUGUCGAAUUGGAAGAGGAUGGAGUCUUCAGCUUGGAUUUUGCCUACCAUACGCCGCGUAAUCGCACCUGUGAAUGGCAGUUGAUUUCGAAGGACCCCAGUAGACAUAUCCUUCUCACUUUUGUCCAUUCGCAAAUGUAUCCCGCACUGGCCUACACAUAUCGUUCGGAGGGUGAAUGCAUGGACAAGGGUGUUGUUGUGUACGAGGGUGUUGAUGACGUCGACGCACCUGUUCGAUCCCGUUUCUGUACCAGCCAUCCUCCGGAUAUAAUUUCAAAUGGCCAUGCCCUGACCUUGAAAGUACCCAUUAAUUUGAUCUCUGAGAUGACCGCCUAUGCCUAUCAAAUGGAUAGUUUUUGUGGGGCCAUGCACACCUCGUUGAGUGGCAAAUUCUCGACACCCUAUUAUCCCAGCUCGUAUCCCCCGAAUAUCCAAUGUGAUUGGUAUAUCUCGCCCACUAAGGGCAAUAGCAUCCAGGUGACAUUUGAAUCGCUGGAUCUGGAAGAUUCGGAUGAAUGUAAUAACGAUUAUGUUGAGAUUCGGGAAUCAUCGGCUUUGGGUAAAUUUUUGGGUGUGUAUUGUGGUAAUCGUUUGCCGCCCACCGUCAAAGGAAGAGAGGAUUUAUUCAUUCGCUUCCAAAGUAAUGAGGAUGUUGUGGGUGAGGGUUUUCUGGCUAGCUAUAGCUAUGUGAAACACAAUGAAUUGAAUGGCACCGAGGGUGUACUGGAAUCACCGGCGUAUCCUACCAAAUUCCAUAGCCAUGAUAUGUACAGUUGGCGCAUUACGGUACACAAGGAUUAUGUUGUCCUGCUGACCAUCAAACACAUUGUGGACACGGAUAUUCCAUAUAUAAAGUUCUACGAUGGCUAUUCGGAUAUAGGAGCCCCCAUUGACUAUGCUAACGGCCACAUUGUCCAGACGAAUACAAAUAUCCUGUACUUGACUGCCUAUCGCGGGCCCUUCCAAUUCGAGUGGCAACAGCUUUCGAGGCAGGCAGUGCGCGAUAAUCAAACCGCUCAACGCAUUGCCGAACUCUGCGGCAGCCAAACGUUGCGUGUCAAUAACUCGUUGUUCUUCAACUCACCCGGCUAUCCUGCUGGCUAUGCCCCCAACUUGAAAUGUUCUUGGAUUGUCAUGGCCAAUGAUCCCAGUCGCCAUGCUGUGGUAACCUUCCUGAAGAUCGAUUUGGAGGAGUAUGCUGAAUGUUUUGCCGACUAUGUAAAGAUUUCGGCCAGCAAAGAUUUGGAAAAUUGGCAGGUUCUAGACACCAUGUGUAAAAAGUCUGCGGACAAGGAACAUAAAUAUCAUGGCACUCCGUAUUUGAAAAUGGAACUGGUAACGGAUUCGGGAGUGAAUAAGACAGGGUUUAGUUCGCUGAUCACCACCAAAUGUGGUUCGGAGCUAACGGAAAGCAGUGGUUUUGUGAAUAUCACCAUGGAGCGCAGUAAUGAAUACAAUGCCGAGUGUGUGUGGUCGAUAAGGGUAAGGCAGGGUAGGAGAAUACGUCUUCAGUUCCCCGAUUCCUUGCUGCAGGGCCAAUUUUCCCAGGGUAGCUGCAAUGUUUUCUUUUUGGUACGCAAUGGCCUGGAUGAGGAUUCACCGUUUUUGGGAAAGGGGAAAUAUUGUGAGAAUAAUAUAACCGAUAUUCUGGAGACCACCUCGAAUCGGGCCUAUGUGAAAUUCUCCCGCAAUGGUUUCCCAGGCUAUCGAGCUUCGUUCCGUUAUGAGGAGAUUACCCAUGAUUGUUCAAGGGAAAUUGUUCUGAAUGAAAAUACCAAAUUCGAUAGAGAGCAGGUGAUUACGACACCGAAUUAUCCGAAUAUCCCAAAUCCCCAUACGGAGUGUGUGUGGAAGGUGAGGGCACCGCUGCACAAGACCAUCAACCUGGAUUUCUUUGGGGAAUUCGAUUUGGCAGGUGGUGAGGAAGAGGUGGCGCAAAAGACCUGUGAUUUGGAAUAUGUCCAGGUGAAUGAUGGCAGCUCGGAGUUGGCCCCCUUGGUGGGUCGCUACUGUGGCAAGACGAAACCCAAUUCCCUGAGAUCGACGGGGAAUGUGUUGCGUCUCAUGUACUACACCGAUGCCCUGGAGCCGCACAAGGGUUUCCAGGCCAAGGUCAGUUUGAGUCGUUGUGGUGGCUUCUAUUACGAGAAGGAGGGUGUGGUUAAGGCCCCAGCCAAUUUGAAGCUAAAGCCCCAGGAAAAGGAGCUGGAAUGUGUGCUGACCAUUGAAGCGGAACUGGGCAGUACCAUUCACAUUACCAUGGAUAAACUGGCCACCAAGGACAGCAAUGAUGAAGAAACGGCCUGUGCCAAUAGCACCCAUCUGGAGCUGCAGGAAAUCGAUGCCUUUAGCUCGGGUUUUGACAACAUCACCGACACCCUGAUACUCUGUUCCGAGGUGGGCCACAGCUAUAUUGUGGAGACCAACAAACUGGUGCUGCGCUACAGGAUACGCAAUGGCUAUCACAAUCCGGAGGCCUUUGAGAUUUCCUACAAGGCGGUGGGUUCGCGUUGCGACGAAACCAUUGAGGCGUCGCAGGGCAUUUUGCAGACUCCCAACUAUCCUCUUGGCAAUAGCAUGCCCAUCCAGUGUUCCUGGCGCAUACGUUCACCCAAGGGCACCCGCAUCAAGGCCGAGUUCCUGGACUUUGAUAUGGGCUCGGAACAGGCCAUGGGUCGCGUGCAUAGACGCAUCCUCUUUGCCAAUGAUUUCAAGAUGUCAUCGAUCAUUGAAAGGAUUUCCAAUAAUCCGCCAGCGGCCAUUUACUCCACCGACAAUACCAUGGCCAUUGAUGCCUUGAUUCUGUCGUUCAACCGGAAUCGGGGAUUCAAACUAAAAUUCACAGCCUAUGAAAGGUCUUUGCAUUGUCGUUCGUUGUUUUUGAUCACCGAUUCUCAGCCGGAGACGUUGAGAUACAGGCGUGAUAAUAAUACGGCCGUGUACUGUUCAUAUCCCCUGAAAGUGGAUUUUAAUCAAACCGUGUCGAUCCACGUUACCAAGGAAGAGAAAUAUCCGCGGGGCCAAUGGUUGCCCUAUGGCUGUCAGUAUUUCAGUUCGCUGCAGUUGUAUGUGGGGGAGGAACGGCUGUUGCCCUCGCUGAUGUGUUCGAAUGAGACGCAACCCUCCUUUAGGUUACCCUUUUCCACCCGCCUGGUUAUCAAUGGCAAUGUCCGUAACUCGCUCAAGGAAAUGGAGCUACAGUACACCCUCUACAAAUGCGGUGGCAUUUGGUCGCUCUUCUAUUUCGAUGAGUUCAAUAUUACCCAGCCUCAGAUGGGCAACCACACGGGUGCCCUGGAAUGUGCCUGGGCCGUAUGGGCCACACCACCCACCACAGAGCCACCCGAUUUUGAGGAUCGCUAUGAGGAAUUACAAAUUGAUGUGACGCUCAGUGUUGACUUCAAGGGUAAAUGUGAGGAGGAGUAUCUCCUCGUCUACAAUGGACCCAAUCAGAAUUUCCCCCACCUGGGCAGAUAUUGUGGCAAGAGUGGACCCACGAAUAUGGUCGUGGGUGGAGGUGGUGUUUUCCUGGAAUUCAUCACCCUGGAGUACAACAAUCAAUCCACGUUUAAUUUCAGUGUCCGGGAGGGUAGCGGCUGUGGUGGCAAGCUGACCUAUCCCUAUCGCCAGAUCCGUGUGGACUAUCAAUACACAAACAAUGUGGAGUGCAUUUGGGAGUUGAGCGCCGAGCCCGGCUUCCAUUUGGCGGCCAUAUUCGAGGAUCGCUUCUUCAUAGAGGCCAGUGCAAAUUGCAGCAAAGAUUAUCUGCUGUUCCAGCAAAAGAAUGCCGAUGGCAAGUGGGAAGAUCUACAGCGGUUGUGUGGCCGCAACCCUCCGCCCAGGAUCAACACUACCAGCACUGACUUGCGCAUGAUCUUCCGCACCGAUGACAAUGUCAAGGGUGAUGGCUUCACGGUAAACUUCGAGCGUAACUGCGGAGGACUGCUCUAUGCCACGAACACCCUACAGCAAAUCUCCUCACCCGGCUAUCCCACCGCCUAUUUGCACAACCUGGUGUGUAACUACACCAUACUCCCCUCGCCCGAAAUAAAUCGCACCGAAUCGAAUAGCCUCUAUCUGAGGUUCAUUGAAUUCGAGGUGGAGGAUGCUCCCACCGUAAAGUGCCUUUUCGACAAUGUCACCAUUAGCACCACCGACUCUUCCGGCAAUCCUGUGACCAAUGUCCUUUGCGGACGCAAACCCAACUAUGAGGUGAGAUCGAAAAACUCCAUCAGUGUUGUACUGCGCACCGACAGCAGCUACGGAUCCAAGGGCUUCCUCAUGGAAUAUGGCCACAACAAAUGUGGAGCCACCAUUACCAAUAGCUCCAUCAUUGAAUCACCUAGGGAUUCGGCCUCCAAAAUGUAUCCCCACUCCAGCAAAUGUUCCUGGCGCCUAGAGGCCCCGGAAAACUACAAGAUACUCAUUAAAUUCCAGGAGCUCAAUUUCGAGGGUCAGGCCAUGUGUACCUAUGAUGCUGUGGAAGUCUACAAGGGUCUCAACACAGUCGAGGAUCAACGUUUGGCCAAAUUCUGUGGCAAUUUGACCGGCAAAAUUCCCAUAAUUACUAUCCCGCAAAACACUGCCCUUAUCCAUAGCUUUUCCGAUGAAAGGGAUGCUUCGAACGGCUUCCGGGCCUUGGUCAGUUUCAUACCGAACUGUGACAAUGCCAUUUAUCUCAGCUCCAACAACAACACCUAUGAGUUCAAUCGUUUCGCUGGCCAAUAUGGCAAUAAUCUGGAUUGCAGCUGGCUUUUUACCACCACACCCGAUCGCCAGCUGCAGGUGGAGUUCAGUUCAUUCCAUGUUGAAAGUUCGCCCAGCUGCUCGGAUGAUUAUCUGCAGAUCAAAGAUGGAUCGGGGCUCUUUGCCGACACUAUUGGCACCUUCUGUGGCCAUGAUGUGCCCAGUCAAAUGGUCUCUUCGCGCCACACAAUGCUGUUGCGAUUUGUCACCGAUGCCAAUGAAACCAGCACCGGAUUUACGGCUAAAAUUAGAUCGGUCCCAAAACUGUGUGGACAACAUAUUCGCGAGUUGAGCGGAAAUCAGAAGACUGCUGUCAUCUCUUCUCCCGAUGAUGGGUCCGGCAAAUAUCCCAACAACAUAAACUGCGUGUGGAAAAUUAAGAGCGCCAAAAAUAUUCACUUUACCUUUGAGAAAUUGGAUAUUGAGGCCAGUGGGGCCAACGACUCGUGUUCCGAGGAUUAUGUGAAAAUAAUUAACGAGGAUGAUGCCGAUAUCAUCGAAAAGGGUUUGGGUACCAAGCUGGUGUUCAAUGGAUUCAAUCGAAAUUAUGGUCCGUAUUUAGGUUCGGAUUUUGGUGCUGAGCACAUUUAUUGCGGUAAUCAGCUACCGAAUGACUAUUUCUCCUCCUCGAAGUCGGUGUUUGUGAAAUUCAAGAGCAACGAUAAGGUGGCCAAGUCGGGAUUUAAAUUAAGGGCCACCAUGGCAGAGGGAUGCUUCCGUAACUUCACUGGGACCCAGGGCCGCAUAAAACUGGCCGAAUCUUCCGACCAUUGUGACAUUUAUAUCAAAUCCCCCGUCAAUACCUCGCUGAGUUUUUAUUACAAUGAGUUGAUGUUUUCAGAAUAUGACUGUGCCGCCGAAUAUCUGGAGGUGUUCGAUGCAAAAACCAAUAGCUCUUUGCAAAAAUUAUGCCAAUACGUUGAGACCGGAAAAUCGUUGUUUACGAACUCGAACGAAUUGCGUUUGAAUUUGAAGUUGAGUGGUUAUUACACUCAAAUCGAUUUUACCUAUGUGGCGAGUCGCGAUGCACCCGGUUGUGGUGGAGAUCUGUAUAACACGGCCGGCAUAUUGACCAAUCCGUAUUAUCCGAAUAAUGUUCGCAAUAAUUCCGAUUGUCGUUGGAACAUUCGGGUGCCGAGCAAUAUGAAGUUGAUGCUACGCUUUGUUGCCUUCAACCUGGGAGCGAAGAGUACCUGCCACACGGACUAUUUGCAGUUCAUUGAAUAUGAGAAUUUUGUUGGCGGUCAGCCAAGUGGAGAGGGAAAGGUGGUGCGACAAUUUUGUGGGGAGGAUGAACCGACAUUCUAUCGCAGUCCGAGCAAUUUUGUCACGGUGCGUUUCCAUAAAACGGUGAAUUAUGAUGGCACCGGGUGGGUUAUUCAGUUUUCGGCAGUCCAUCCGGAAAGUGAAAUUAUUGCUUAGCUAUGUAAGGUAAAAAUCAAGAGGAUUCUCCGAAAAAAUGUUAUUGAAAUCAGAAUAAAAUAUGUAUUAAAAA